UCUCACUCAGUUUGUGCUCAACCUCCGACCCGUCUUCUUCUGUCCGCGUCACUCAGUGAUACCGGCUCCGUUCUCGCUUUUGUCAACACAGUGAACGAUUUUUCCGUUUUCUUUUUGGAUUCUUACAUGACAACACUUUUUGGAUUAUUCCCACUUCACAGACUACUUCAUGGUGCCACAGGAUUGUUAUCGUCUAGGUCAAUCAUGUUUCUAGCAAUGCAACGGUUAACCUAAAUCAUGAUGAUAAAGCUGUAGACUUUCACUCCACCAUCGCCUUCAUAUGUCGAGAAAGGAGUUCUCCCUAAGUUCAUGACAAUCAAUUGCCCAGACAUGUAUGCUGCAAAACUAGUCUUGCUGUUUUUCUUCGCUGUCCUCGGAAACGCCAAGGCUAAAGGACUGUGUGAGACUGAAAAUGGGCAACCUAGUCUUAUCUUCGACAUUGAAGAGAGUAGGGGAACAGAAAUCAGUCAAGAAACGAAACCGAGAGAGAUACCGAUAUACGGCGAUCCUUUUGCCGAUAUCCACCUGGACCUGAUUUUCCCGAAGAAAAAACAAAUGUUCAUACUGAACGGCAAGAAGCUACAGCUGCUUAGACCCCUCGACAGGGACAAGGACAAUUUAUCUCAUACUGUUUUCCAGUUGACGUGCACGGUGAGGACGACGGGGAAGAAAGUGACGAUCCCUGUCAUAAUGCGUGUGACUGAUGUUAACGACAACGCUCCUGUUUUCGAGAAAACCCCCUACGAGACGACAGUGUCCGAGUUGACUCCAGUGGGCACAACGGUUUUCCAAGGGCUGAAAGCCGUCGAUAUGGAUGCUGGGGUGAACGGUCUGGUGGAAUACCGUCUUGUGAAGGGUGACCCACCACAGGAAGAAAGGUUGCAGGUGGCGGACGGUGCGGACCACUUCGCGAUCAACCUGCCUCACCAGGGACAGAUCACCGUUAGCAAACCGCUUGACUACGAGAAAGUCCAACGAUACCUUUUGACUGUCAUCGCCACCGACAAGGCGAGAAAUCAAGGUGAGAGGUUCACAGCAACGACCACCAUGACCGUCAACGUCAAAGACGAAGACGACCUCGACCCUUCGUUCAUUUACCAGGGCUGUAUGUUGGUGGACGGAGCUUGCAUCAACCCCGAAUACUACGCAACGGUGAACAGCGGCGUGCUUGCCGGUGUCCUUUCCAUCACCCCCGAGAAGAUCCAAGCUGUCGACAUGGAUUCUCUCAACAAACCGAUAGUCUACAGCUUCCUCUCCGGCACCCCGAGCAACUACGCGGAUUUUUUCGAAAUUGACUCAUCGACGGGUAUCGUUCAGCAGAUUAAGCCUGUCGACACAAACACGGCCAAGCGUUUCGUCAUCAUCGUUAAGGCGACCGAGUUUUCAAAUUCAAAACGGUUUGCGACUGCAAAGUUGUUUAUAAAUGUCAAACCAGUGGACAGCAGUCCUCCUAUCAUCACUGCGACUGCAAAGGAGGGUUUUGUCGAUGAAAAUUCACCUGUUGGUACAAGAAUUUUAGAUGUUAAUAAAAUGCCCAUCAAGCUGACAGUUAGCGAUGCCGAUUUGGGCCAAGAUGAUCCGAAACCUCCAUAUGCAUUUGAACUUACUACAACAUUUUUUCAAGUAGACAGCAAUGGAAUUUUAGUAGUCGGUGAAGAGAAUUUGGACAGAGAUCCUCCAAGCCCUGGUGUCUUUAGGUUUCAGGUCGUAGCAAGGGAGAAGACUGGUGGCGGUGCCGCAAGCCCACCUUUGACACUCACUGUCAUUCUUAACGAUGUCAAUGACAAUGCUCCCAGGCUUCCGAUGUUCCAGCCAAUUUCUGUUCAAGCUGGUGACAACCAUAGGGAAAUAAUUAAAGUCACUGCGACUGACAACGAUUCAGGGGAAAAUGCGAUGCUUACUUACAGCAUAUACCAUGUUUCUAACAAUGGAAGGAACAAGUUCAGCAUCAACUCUCAAUCUGGAGUUUUAGACAGUGUUGGUAAGCUCAAUGCUGGGGAACAGUACAGCAUCACCGUCCAAGCUACUGACUCUGGAGGUAAAGCCGGCCAGACAAUAGUGGAGGUCAAUGUUGUUCCUGGUCCUAACACAAGAAGCCCUGUUUUUGAUCAUUCUGUUUAUGAAGUUACCGUUAGUGAAGGUGCAGCGAUCAAUUCAACAGUGGCAACUAUCACCGCAAGUGAUCCUGAAAACGAAGAAGUAAUGUACUCCAUAAUUUCUGGAAAUGAUCUUAGACAAUUUGCAAUCAACGAUAGAUCUGGUGUGAUAAGCGUUAUAAGAAAACUAGACAGAGAAGAUCUGACAAGAUACCAAUUGUUAAUAAAAGCUGAGGAUGAAGGUGGCCUAUCCAGCACAGCAACAGUAAACAUCAGGGUCAGCGAUAUAAACGAUAAAAACCCUGAAUUUGUAAAUUUACCGUAUGAAUUUUCCGUGAAAGAAGGAUUAGUCGGGAUCCAUGUAGGAAAAGUCAAAGCCAAUGAUGCCGAUGAAGGUAUUAAUUCAAAUGUGACUUAUUCACUACCGUUGGACGUACCAUUUACAAUAAAUCCACAAAAUGGAGAUGUGAUGACGAGUACUUCAUUAGAUUAUGAAAAGGAAAAGGAAUAUAAAUUUGUUGUUACGGCGAUGGAUGGGGCGCCAGAUCCCAGGAUAGCGACAGCUACUGUGACAAUUCAUGUCUUAGACACAGAAGAUGAACUUCCAAUUUUUCAUAACCCAUUAUACAAAGCUGAAGUUCCGGAGAACAUGCCAAACUAUACAGUUACCCAAGUCAAAGCAGAUGAUCCAGAUACGACCAAGCAAAUAACAUACACGAUCAAGCAAGGUCCAAACGACAUGUUCAAAAUCGACCCUGUGUCGGGUGUCAUUAAAACCAUCAAAGGUAUUGAUUAUGAACUGGAGAGCCAAUAUAUCCUGAUCGUUGGCACUUUGGAGAAUAACACAACUAAACCAGGAUCGACAACAAAAGUGGUCGUAAACAUUGUGGAUGUUAAUGACAUUCCCCCUGUAUUUUUAACUAUACCUACACCAAUAACCCUUGAUGAUAAUGUCAAGAUCGGUACCAAAGUUACAACCCUGAUGGCAACAGAUUCCGAUGGAACAUCGCCAGGGAACAAAGUACGGUAUGAAAUUGUUGGAAGGAAUAAAGCCCUAAAGUACUUUCACAUUGAUUCUGAUCUUGGGGAGGUGACUGUGAGAGAUGAUCUCAGUAAAGAAACAGAUGACCAAUACCAGGUUGAUGUCAAAGCUUAUGACUUGGGAGACCCACAGUUAUCCUCAAUCACAUCAGUGACUAUUUUCGUUCGUCAUAUUGCCCAAGUACAUCCAGAUGUAGUUAUCGGUUUCUCUGAGGAUUCAUACACUGUUGAAUUGCCUGAAGAUGCCCCAGAACAGACAUUGAUUAAGACAUUCACUGUGCUCAACGAUAGACCUAAAAACCAACAUAUUCCAAUCAAAUGUACCAUUCAGUCUGGUGAUGAAGCAGGCAUCUUCAGCACUAAUGUAACUGGCGAAAAGAACUGUGAGUUGAGAUUGGCACAAGGGAAACUUGAUCAUGAAAUCACAUCUGAGUACAUUCUUAAACUGAGACUUGACACGUUAGCUGAUUAUGUCAGUCAGGAGAACAGAAGUACCACAACUGUAAAAGUUCAGGUUAUUGACAUCAACGACAACUCACCGCACUUUGUUUACCCAUCAUACUCAAAGCUAUUCAAGAAAGAAAAAUAUUUUGGAGCUAUUGCCAAAGACAAGAAAGAAGUGCGAACGGUAUUGCAAGUCAAGGCUGAAGACAAAGAUAGCGGAAAGUUGGGCAUGAUGGAAUACAGGAUAGUACCGGAUGAUAAAGGAAUGUCGGAAUACUUUAGUAUAGAACCUCUAACGGGAAACAUUAAGACAAAGCGAUCAAUUGACAGCAUUCUUCCAGAAUCUCUCCCUAUUCGUUUGACAAUAGAAGCCAAAGACAACCCUCAAGGUGUAUCCAAUACCGCAACUACUGAAGUUGUGAUAAACGUCAUUGAAGAUGCAGACAGAAUCAUUAUGGCUAUUAAAGAUCUAUCUGCAGAUAAAGUUCAGCACAAGGAGGAUUCAGUAGUUGAUCUUUUAGAGCAAAGGACAGGUCUCAUUAUUGGUUUGGAGAAGCUCUCACCGCUUGAAUCAACGAAGGACAAUAUAACACUGAACACCGACACUACAGGAACUGAUGUCUGGUUCUAUGCCAUCGAUCCCCAAACAGAAAAAAUUCUUCCAAGAAACAGCACACUUGUUGAAAAAACUGUAUUCUCAGAAGAUGUCAUCGCUAACGUUACCGCUGAGUUGUCAACUGAUAUCGGAGGACAAGUUGUGAGUCUGCAUGGUCCACUGAAAGUGAGAGUUGUGAGGACAGCAGUCGUAGCAGUUCAGUGGGAUGUCUUCCCAUAUGCUGUUAUACUGAUUGCAGCUCUUAUUCUAGUCUUAGGAUCUGCUGGAAUUGUUUACAUUUGUAUAUCUUGGUCCAGGUACAAAGCAUACAAGGAAAGAAUGCAAAGGAUGUACGUGAUGCCAAGAUAUGAUCCUGUCUUUGUUGAGCCUAACCUUAAAGAAUAUGAAACACAGGUUUUACAAAUGAGUGUGCCAAUGGAUGACAGUGACAGUUAUCAUGAUCUCCAGUUAGAUUUUAGUAGAAAAAACCAUGCAUUUUCAUUAGAUAAUGUAAGCUACAUAACAAAAGACCAUGGAGAAGGAGGACAAAGUCCAGUAAGCUCGGAAGCUGCUACAACAGCACGAGCUUCAAGCAUUGGUCGACACAAUAACAUUAAUAACAACAACAUCCAUGACCACUCAGGUGGCAACAUUAAUCCUGUUUAUGAUAGAUCUGAUGAUGAAGCGGGUCACAAUACUAGUCCAACUAAUGAAAAUGUCACAUUCCGAGAGAAGAAAGAUUACUCCCACCUGGGAUUCAACUACCUGAUGGACAGGUCACCGAUUGAAACGACCACAGAGCUGUAGGACACAAUUAUAUAACUAUCAAUCAAUGUAUAAAAAUAAACUCUCAGCGGACUUGAGGGAUCAAUUAGGAUAAAACUGAGGCAUUGCUUCAACCUUUUGAUGUGCCACCGAAAAAGACUUAUUUAACGAAAUCAACAAUGUAAUAGAACAUGUUUGUUGUGAAUUUUUAUAAUUUAUGUGCCUUUGGACACUUUUAGAAUGAAUGUUUCAUUUAGAUGUAUUAAUUUAAGUUUUAAAUUUAAUAAUGUUGUAAUUUAAAAAGAAACUGUAAAACAAAUGUAAGUCAUUAUUUUUGUAUAUUUUUUUUAACCUAGCUCUAAUUGUUCUCUUUUGUACUUUGUUUAUUGUUAAUAUGUUUAUGACUGUCUGCAUCCUUGUACAUUUAAGUUCUAAGAAGGAUGUCGCUACAUUUUAUUCAUUUUAAUUUUUCAUCUAUGAAUAAGCAUUUGUUUAUACACUUGAGUUGCUGGUCAUCCAACUUUUUUUUAAUCAACGAAUUUGUUUUAAUUUAAUUUUUUUUUUUAUAACUUAACAUAAUUGUAUUUUUUUAAAGUUGUAAAAUACUAUGUACUUAAUAUUGGAUGUGUGCAAUGUGAAAAUAUAAAUAUUAUUGUUGUUAUUGUGUAGAAAUAAUGAAAUAUAUAGUUCCGCUUCUAUUCAGCGGCUCCAGUGCUCAAAAAAUA